CCUCCUAUUUCCCAGUUGCAACGUCUUCCCCCACUCGUUUUAUCACUCCCUUCAAAUUUCUCUCACAAACCUCUGAAUAGCCAUUAAUGCCACAAAAAUGACUUGCCUCCCAAAAAAACGCAUUUGAAUCUACACACAUUUCUCUCCAAGCCUUUGAGAAGAAAGUACCAGAGAUGGGCAAGAAAAUGAAACUCCCCUUUCUUUUCAAAAAUAUGGAGCCAAGGUUUACUUGGCCUUGGCCUUCUUGUAACCAGCCCAGAACCCUUUCUUUCCGAACCAGCAGUGACAGUUACAAGACCGUGAACUCAGUCUACUUAGAGACGCCCAUUGAUGUAGCAGAGACAACUGAAUCAUCUUUCACCAAGUCAUCCAAGUCCCCGAGCUUCUCAACGACCUCGGAAAGCACCGGACUCGUGGAUCCGAUAGAGACAAUUAUUCGGGGGCUGCAAUCGGAGAGGCUGUUUUUCAAGCCGGGAGAGACGAGUUCGAUAUUGGAAGAGGCAAAGGAAGGGUCGUUUCCCUAUAAGGACAGCUUGAUAUUGUCAAUGGAGUCCCAAGACCCUUUCGUGGAUUUUCGCAAGUCCAUGGAAGAGAUGGUGGAGGCUCAUGGGAUGAAAGAAUGGGAAGGUUUUGAAGAGCUCUUGUGUUGGUAUUUGAGGUUAAAUGGAAAGAGCAGCCACGGGUAUAUUGUUGGUGCUUUUGUUGAUUUGUUGGUUGGCCUUGCAUUUACAUCGUCUUCUUCUUGUUGUUCUUCCCAUUCUCCUUCUUCUCCUCUAUCUUUUUAUACUUUUUCUUCAUCUUCUUCAUCUUCCACUCGUUGCAUAUCCUCCAUGGAAGCUGAUCAGGAAGAUAGCGAUGUUUGUCCUUGUUUAUCUUUAUUAUUAGAAGGCCAGGGGGGGAUCGGGAAAAAAAAGAAGGUGAUAGUUCAUCUUUAAAUGUCUAUUCUAAUUGAAAAUUAUGUAUAUACCAGUAGCUUUGACAACUGAUAGUGAAAACUUUUUUGAUAUAUAGAUCGAGGAAUUAUAUUGCU